AUGCGAUACUGUGAGUGAUCUGUCUUCCGCCCAUCGACCAGAGGAGCGCUCAAACUGCGUAAUGCCCGCUGCCCGUAGAUUUCUACCAUGCUUUGACCUGGCCUCAGCUGUCGUACGUCGCUCAAGAUCCAAAAGGCAGGAUAGUAGGCUACAUUCUGGGCAAGAUGUGAGCGGGCUCUUCGGCUCGUACUUCGAGUUGCUUCGUAUAGCGCUGACCUAUGUUUGAUGCGCAUACACUCGCUUGUUCACAGGGAGGAGGAGCCAGCAGAUGGUGUACCGCAUGGGCAUGUGACGAGCAUCAGCGUCCUCCGCUCGUAUAGGAGAUUAGGAUUGGCCAAGAAGCUCAUGACACAGAGCCGUGAGUAGCGUGCACGAUGUCGUUGUGCUCACGUGCUAGAGUGCUGAGCGCAUCACUGUUUCUCAUCUGGACAGAGGAAGCAAUGCGAGACGUUUUCGGGGCAAAAUACGUCUCACUACACGUCAGAGAAACAAAUAGGGCGGCGAUUGGCCUAUACAGGGACACGCUGGGCUUCGAGGUUCAUGAGGUCGAAAAGGGCUACUGUGAGUACGAUGGGAGUGAAACGACACGAUUGCACUUUUUCAGGUUGCUCAAAGUGCGCUCCUCCACAAUCACAGAUGCUGAUGGGGAGGACGCGUACGCCAUGAGAUUGAACUUUUAA